ACAUGCAGGAAAUGCAUUUAAGACCAAUCAGUGACCACCAGGAACUAGGGGAUCAUAUGAGUUUUGACAAUUGGGUGUUAUGAAUGCAGAGUGCAUAGGGUCCAGCUUAGCUGAUUUCUCACUUUCAGUUCCCAUUUUUGCCCGUUGAAGUCGACAUUGCGUGUUUCUCAGUGAAGCAAUAGGAAAAACAUAACUUUUAUCACAAGCUGUAAAAGUCGAGACUCUCAUGCUGCCUUGUUUACAUGAUGGAUGGCUUUGUCAUAACGCCGACAUCAGAGGACGCUCUUCCACAAGAGCCGGAGACUUAUCGAGCACCUAUUGACCUGUACCCCUACCUGGGUGGUGUGGGGGAGAUUUACGAAGACAACAGAUGGCCAUUCCACCCGGAUCGCGCCCAGCCGCCGGACUACGAGGGCUCCCCUGUGAAUCACCUGACGGAGCUGCAGGCGGUGUCUCCUCAGCAGCUCAUUCAACCUUUCCCCCUCAGCGCCGAGUCUCUGCACCUUCACCUAGAGCCCCCGCUGGCUCCGCUCACCCUGUCAUCACAAAUCCCAUAUUACACCCCAUCCCUGUGCUACCAGUACCCGCCGUUGGCCUCACCUCGACGGUACUACACAGAGGAGGAUCAGAGAGCUGUCAGUCCCCCGCUGCAAGUGUCAGAGGGGGAGGAUGAGUAUGAAGACUACUGCCCCUUUAGGAAAGACCCAGGCAACAAGAAGAAAAUCCGCCUGUACCAGUUCCUCCUGGACCUGCUAAGAAAGGGCGACAUGAGUGAGAGCAUUUGGUGGGUGGACCAGGACAAGGGCAUCUUCCAGUUCUCCACCAAACACAAAGAGGCUCUGGCGACCCACUGGGGCAUUCAGAAAGGAAACCGCAAAAAAAUGACCUACCAAAAAAUGGCCAGAGCCUUGAGGAACUAUGGCAAAACAGGAGAGAUUAAAAAAGUGAAGAAGAAGCUAACUUACCAGUUUAGUGACGAGGUGCUCAAGAACCUCUAUUUACGUCACUGUCACGCCUGAGGAAGAAUCAACGGCUGUCUGUUAUAAUACUCGGAUCACUAAAUUUCCCAAAAUUCAGUUUUAUACGUAGAUUUGCAAGUUUUUAUCUUUCUGGCAAUUCUUUUUCUAUUUAUUUGUAAUUCCAUCGUGUGGUUUUCCUUCUGGCAUUUGUUAACAUCCAUGUAGACCAUUUUAUUCUUCUCUCAAAGUGUGUUUUUGUAUGAGAAGUUUGAAUUUUUUUUUGUAAAAACACAGACAAUGUAGCUGUCUUAUGUGUAAAUAAAUACCACGUUGUGUACUCAUGA